UCUCGAUGUGGAGGCCCUUGUUCUAGUUUUUGGAUUUUUCGACAACUAUCGGAGAACCUAACACCUUUGGGUGGGGCUGGGUAUCAGUAUAAAAUGGUUGCAUCGGGGUUGGUUCAAUUGUACUACAACCAAUUCAGUAAUCAAUGUUUUCGUGUUACUAAAUUGAUCUAGAUAUAGCUUGUGAAAAUGUUCAAGUUGUGUGUCUUCAUUGCUCUCUUCGCCUAUGGUUCUGCAGGAAUCGUCUCACUAGAUGAUGGUCUUGGAGGAUUAGGAGGAUUACCAGGAUUAGGUUACGGAGGUAUCGGCCUUGGUGGAUUGGCAUUAGCUUCUCCCAAAGUAAUUGCUGCGCCUGCAAUUGCUGUAAAGGCUGGAGCAACUUCGUAUCAAAACAGCAACCUUCUGGCUCUCCAUCCAACUCCUGUAAUAACUAAAGCAGUAGCCGCUCCAAUUCUCACCAAAGUGCAUGCACCUGUCAGUGUAAUUGGAGUCGAUGGUCAUUUAGGACUUGGUGGUCUUGGCGGUCUUGGAGGCCUCGGACUUGGAGGACUUGGAUAUGGUAUUCACUAGUAGAGACUGAUAUUUUUAGGUGUAAAUAGAUGAGC